GGAUUUUUUCUCCCCAGGAUGGAAAGUAAGAACCUCUUCCUAAGCCUAUUGCUCUGCUACAGUUUGCUCAGAGCUGCCAGUUCUCACCUGGUAAUCGAGGAGAAGACAGAAUGCAACCUGUCAAAGAACAACAAAAUGAACCUCCCAGAUCUCCCACCCAUCUCCAUCGUAGAUUUAACUAAAAGAUCCCAGAAAGUCAGCAGAAAAGAGGCAGAGAAUAAGAAAUCUUCCAAGAAAAAUGCUGAACUGAAGAAACCUCCAAAACCAAGGCCCACACCUGCUGCUGACUGCGUGCCAAACUUCAAAACCUGCAAACCACACUUGAAUUCCUGCUGUAACUACUGUGCCUUGUGCAAAUGCCGAAUUUUUCAGACGAUCUGCCAGUGUCUACUGUUAAACCCAAAGUGCUAA